AUGCUUUCCUUCUGUCUACCAGUCGAUUCGUCAAUGUGCUCGCAUAUUACUUCGAAGCAUCAUUUGCAUCUUCGUUGCCAUUACUACGGUGAUGAUGAUGAUGAUGAUGAUGAUGAUGAUGAUGAUGAUGAUGAUGAUGAUGAUGAUGAUGAUGAUGAUGAUGAUGAUGAUGAUGAUGAUGAUGAUGAUGAUGAUGAUGAUGAUGAUGAUGAUGAUGAUGAUGAUGAUGAUGAUGAUGAUGAUGAUGAUGAUGAUGAUGAUGAUGAUGAUGAUGAUGAUGAUGAUGAUGAUGAUGAUGAUGAUGAUGAUGAUGAUGAUGAUGAUGAUGAUGAUGAUGAUGAUGAUGAUGAUGAUGAUGAUGAUGAUGAUGAUGAUGAUGAUGAUGAUGAUGAUGAUGAUGAUGAUGAUGAUGAUGAUGAUGAUGAUGAUGAUGAUGAUGAUGAUGAUGAUGAUGAUGAUGAUGAUGAUGAUGAUGAUGAUGAUGAUGAUGAUGAUGAUGAUGAUGAUAAUGAUAAUGAUGAUGAUGUGGUUUAUGAAGUGUGCUGUGCUACUUCUUAUGCUGACAUACUCUCGUGA